ACAACUCCCAUCUCGACCCUCGCACGCCGAGCCCCGUCGUCCAAUCUGAAUAUGUGGGAGGAGCGCGUCCGCCCACAAAAGCCACAGCUAUCUCCCCGUAUCUCCCCCUUUAAAAAAAUCAAUUGUGCACGAAAAAAAGGGGAAUACGCGUAAAAUACAAACAGUGGUGACGGUUUGUUUUCGGUGCACGACGGACGGCGACGAGGCGUCCUCGCGUCGUGCUGCGAGGGAAACGGCGGCGACAGGCAGGAGCAGCGAAGAGGGUGUUGUCCUGAUGCUUAAAUGGAAGUGGGUGGGCCUCCACGGUCACACACUGCCAACUUCUCUGUGGAUAUUAUUCUGACAAGCGCUAAUUUACUCGUUUAUGGACUGGCUUUCCGGUAAAAGGGACAUACGACGGGGCUGCGAGGGGGCCGAGGGGCCGGUGACGGUCACUGUGUUCUCCGUUAUCUCCGUUAUUUGUGGCUGCUUGAUUGUGCCUGCGCUUGGCACCGCCCUUCCUGGCCGGUGGGUGGUUUCGUCAAACGGGCAGAUCCGCCACGGCCCAGCGCCGAACAUAUAGGCCGUCCUCCGCCUCUGUACCCGGCCGGCCUUCUACCGUGAACUACACCCUCUCCCUCUCGGUAUAUUAAUGCGUUAUGAGUGACUCCAAGAAGGAAUCAUCUGGAACUGAAGGAGGGAAAGCAUCUAAAAAGGGGAAAAGUUCUGGAUCGCAGGAUUCCUCGCAGCCCUCUCCGUUGGCUCUGCUAGCGGCCACCUGCAGUAAGAUCGGAGGACAGGGGGGAGCGGAGGGGGCCCAGGCCCAGGUGGGGGCCCAGCAGAUCCAGGUCCAGGCAGGUCAGAUUCAGCUGCAGGCGGGUCAACUUCAGGGUCAGAUAGUGGUGGACACCGCUGGAGGUCAGGCCCUGGUGCCCCAGCAGCUGGAACUGGUCCCGGCUCAGUUCACGGGGAACGGCUGGCAGAUCAUCACAGCAGCGCCUACUAUGGCCAAAGAGAACACCAAUCAGCCUGUUGCUGUGACAGUGGCCACCACCUUGGCUAAUGACAGCUCACCGGGGGGACGCAAGGUGAAGGAGGUGAAGCCAGUUGGUGGGACCAAUAGUGUUACAGGCAAUCAGCAACAACAGCAGUUCCAGAUCAUCCAGGUUCAGAACCUGCCCAAUGCCGGGGGCGGGGUCCAGUAUCAGGUCAUCCCUCACCUGCAGACUGCAGAUGGGCAGCAGAUCCAUAUCAGCCCGGCUCAGACAGCCUCCAUCGGGGCUCUGCCGGAGCAGGUCCAGCUCAUCCAGACACAGAGUCCAGGCCAGACCCAGGCUAUCCUCCAGCCAGCCAACCAGCAAGCCAUCCUAACAAGUACAGCCAAUCAGACGGUCCCGCUGCAGAUCCGCCCCGCACAGUCUUUCCCGCUGCAGCUGCAAACUCUGCAGGGUUCCCAGACUCCUGUUAUGACCACAGUACCCAUAAACCUCGGUGGCAUGACCCUGGCUUUGCCUGUGAUAAAUAAUGUUGGAGGGGGCGGGGCCGUGCAGCUUAUCCAAUCAGCAGAUGGCACAUUCUCUGUUGCCAAUGGCAACCAGCUGGUGACAACAGCAGUGUCUGGGGCAGCUCAUGCGACAGCAUCAACUGGCGCAACGGUAGUGGCCGAAGGUGACAGCGUGUCUGAUGUGACACAAGUGGUUUCUGCUGGAUCAGAGGGUGGAGCAGCUGACACCCAAGUACAGAGCAGCGAGGCGGACUCUCAAAGCCAGAACCAGGCCAAUGGGCUGCAGAACCAGACCGAUACAGCGGGAACCAUUCAGCAGGUGAUUGUGGGUCAGGUGGGGCACCAGUUGGUGCAGCAGAUCCAGCUGCAGCCUCAGGCACAGAGUCAGGGUCAAACCCAGGGGCAGCAGCAACCUCAGCACAUUCAGACCCUCCAGCUGGCCCCUGGACAAACCCUGCAGCCCAUUCAGGCCUUCCAGAACCCAGCCCAGGUCCUUAUCCGUACCCCGACCCUGUCCCCCUCUGGGCAGAUCACCUGGCAGACACUGCAGCUGCCUGGCGGGGUCUCCCUGCAGGGCGGCCUUGGGACGGCUGUGCCACAGCAGCUGACACUGGCCCCGGUGGCUGGUGGGACAACAGUGGGGAGCGGGGGGCUGGUGUCCCUGAGUGGAGCUCCCCUGACACUCAGCGCAGCUCAGAUCAACCCGGGAUCUGGGGUACAGACGGUCAGCAUCGCAGGGCUGGGCACUGCUGGGGUUCAGGUGCAGGGUGUUCCUCUCACCAUUACUGGUCUACAGGGUCAACCACAGGGUCAGGAUGGGGUCAAAGUUCAGUCGUCUCCAGUGACGGUCACUGUUGGCAACGUGGCAUCAGGCUCAUCGAUGAGUCCAGACCAGCUGGGCUCCGUGCAAAGUUCCUCGGACCAGGAGGGACCACCGAGCAAGAGGCUUCGUCGUGUCGCCUGCUCUUGUCCAAACUGCAGGGAUGGAGAGGGAAGGAACAGUGGGGACCCCACGAAGAAGAAGCAGCACAUCUGCCACAUGGAGGGCUGUGGGAAGGUGUACGGCAAGACGUCCCACCUGAGGGCCCACCUGCGCUGGCACACCGGUGAGAGGCCGUUCGUCUGUAACUGGAUCUUCUGCGGCAAGAGGUUUACCAGGAGCGACGAGCUGCAGAGACACCGGAGAACACACACAGGAGAAAAGCGUUUUGAGUGUCCCGAAUGCUCCAAGCGCUUCAUGCGCAGCGACCACCUUUCCAAGCACAUCAAGACGCAUCAGAACAAGAAAGGCGGAGCGGCUGUGGCAAUCAUCACCACUGAUGACAUGGAGGAAGACGCCCCCGAAGGCCUGGGUGCCUCCCCUCAGAUUGUUGCCGUGGCGACCCUCUCACGUGACUCUGACCCCGCCACGCCCACCACCUCUAAUCACCUGGAGGAAGAAGAGGAGGAAGAGGAGGAGUUUGAAUAGGCCUGUUUCUUUUGCCGAAGGCUGACUUCCUGUUUUCUUGGGAGUCUUUGCAGGGACUGUAAGAGGUGGCUACUUUUUCUUUUCUUUUUUUUUUUUUACUUUUAAUUUUGCAUAAUUUUACAAAUGUUCGCUCACGAUAAGGGACUCAAAAGAGACGGGUUCAUGCGUUGAACGGAGACGGACAAAUAUAAACAUCACAAUCUAAAAAUAACUAACACAUAUAAUAACAAAAAUUUAGCGUAAACAUAUGAAAGAUUAGUUUGGCAUUUAUGAAAUGAAUCUAUAAUAAUUCCAUUCAGUGGGGAAAGGAAUGUAAGUAGUGACUAGAUUAGCACAAGACAGGUGGACCUGCUGAAUCUAAAAUCAUGUGACAUCGAGAGACAUUUUCUUAAUCGCAACAGAAUCUAACUCUAUGCACAAAGUUGUGUUCCUGUUUCAUACCUGUCAGACAGUGUUGAGGGUCAGCCACGGUACAGGGCUGUUGCAGAGUGAUAAUAGAGCAGGGGCAGUCUUGGGAUGGCGUGUGUAUGUGUGUGUAUGUGACCUGUAUGAAUGAGUGUGUGUUUGUAUUCCCACACUGUCACCGAGAGGAUCUACCUAAUUUGAGUUUUAUUCAUGGUUCAGGUUUAGUCCUCAGAUCAGAUUCAGGUGUUGCUUCCUUCGAGACCAGUCAACGGAUAAACUGUUAUUGAAGAAGAGAGGGGAUAAUUCUAAAAAAAAAAUAAAAGAAAAAAAGAAUAGAAAAAAGCACAUAUAAAAAGAUUUAUAAAUAAUGCAUUCCUAUUGAGGCGCAGUGGCCAUUAGAAGAAAAAAAAAAGGUUUCUAUAGAGAAAAACAAUCUAGCUUUCUACAACUUUGUUUGUGUAGUGAAAGCAAUACUAUAAUGACAAUCCUAGUGAAACCAUGUUUACAUUGUCAGGGGAAGUUUUCUCUGUUAAUAAAACAAGCCAGUUCGCUCUAAGAUUAGUGACAACAUCUGAAAGCGGCACUGUUGUCUGAACAAAGCCUGUUACUUUGCAGAUACCACAGGGUGGCUUCAACAUCAUAGCUGCAGUCUAUCCAGUGUUGGCUUGUAAUUUUUAUACGCUCAGUUACCACCACACGGCACCUGGUAGAUGUAACGGCAAGUUUCAUUGGACAGUGGCACCGUCACUGGUGUUGCUUUUUGCCCUCUGUGCUCUGGUGAAGACCCCUCUCCGACUCUAACUGUGCGACGUGACCGACGUACCGCAAUUGCCUUAACACAAGCUGUUGUACAGACGUCAGAGUUAGCAGGGUGGAGAAAGAGGGGAGUUCUCCUGCAUUACGAGAGGCGACAUGAGGAGCACACGACAGCACAGAGAGGUGAAGUGAGACAGAGUGAGAGGAGCUGUGGGUGAGAGGAGCUGUGGGUGGGAGUGGGUCGGGCUAUUUAGCUAUGUGGAUAUUAUGAGAUGUUUUCUGGUGGUGUUGCUCUGUGUUAGUUCAGUGCGUACAUUUUUUUUUUUAAAUUGAAAGAUAAUUUUAUUCUACAGAGUUUAUCGGUUGUUUUAAAAAAGUCCCCUCCCAGUAUGUUAACACACAGGACCCCGCUGUGUACGGCUAAUUUAUUAUUUAUCCUUGAGUUGUACUAUUUGCCUUUUGCUGGACUUGUAUUUGUGUGCGUUGAUUCUGAGGUUGUGUACAGCAUGUUUGAGUUUUUCGCUGUAGUGCCGCUUCUCUCUUCUUUACUCUUUGUGCUUGUUUUUUCUUUUUUCUACGUCCGACCAUUGCUGUUCAUUUCUUCUCUUUGCGCCAUAACGUGUUUUUUGGAGAAAAAUAAAUAACACAAGAAGAAGAAAGCAAAAAAAAAAAAAAAAAAAAAAAGUUAUUAUUGUUUAAAGUUGAAAAAGGUUGAUACCAAACAAAUUUAGAUGUUUUUGGUAAUAUUUUGUGUGACAACCAACUUUUUUUUUCUUUGAUAUUUUGUAGUGACAUCUCAUUUGUAAAAUCUUUUUCUAAAAAGAUGUUUGUUCGUCUCCAUGACAUUUGAUAAUGGGUUUUUUGCCAGGUUAGCCUCAAAGGCCCCAGUUUAUUGAUAUUUUUAAAACUGGUUUGUACAAACGUGUUAUGUCGAUUAAAAAAAACAAAGAAAAAAGGACAACUUCAAGCAGAAAAGAUGCUUUGCCUGCAUAACACUUGACAAUAAAGUGAUUAAAACUGUCUUAAAUUCCA